AUGGCGCAAGCAGGUCCGGUGACGGACGUUGUACAGAGGCUCUUCACUGAGCUGAAGUCCAAGAACGAAGAAGCGCGUGUCAGAGCUUCCUUUGAGCUCUACGACAAUGUUCUCACAGUUUCUCGAGACUGGGCGCCCGAGAAAUUCCUCGAAUUCUACAAUGCCGUUAGCCAGCGCAUUGCCCAACUAGUCGUCACGGGCAGCGACGCCAACGAAAAAAUUGGCGGUCUUCUAGCGCUCGACCGACUCAUCGAUUUUGAUGGAGUAGAUGCCGCACAAAAGACAACACGAUUUGCAAGUUAUUUACGAAGUGCGCUACGAAGCAACGAUAAUGCAGUCCUCGUCUAUGCUGCUCGAUCGCUCGGCCGACUCGCAAAACCCGGCGGUGCUUUGACGGCGGAGUUGGUGGAAAGUGAAAUACAGUCAGCACUAGAAUGGCUACAAUCAGAGAGGCAAGAAAGCAGGCGCUUCGCUGCUGUAUUGAUCAUACGGGAACUCGCCAAAGGAUCACCUACUUUACUAUAUGGAUUUGUACCCCAAGUAUUCGAGCUUGUCUGGGUCGCUCUCCGGGAUCCCAAAGUCCUUAUCCGAGAGACUGCCGCCGAGGCUGUAAGCGAAUGCUUCGAAAUAAUCGCCGCCCGAGAUGUCGGCGUGAAGCAACAGUGGUUUGCGCGCAUCUACGAAGAGUGUCUGCAGGAUCUCAGGUCCAGCAAUGUAGACUGGAUCCACGGCUCCCUCUUGAUACUGAGGGAACUUCUCCUCAAAGGUGCCAUGUUUAUGAAUGAGCACUACAGAAACGCCUGUGAGAUCGUGCUCCGUCUAAAAGAUCAUCGAGACCCCAAGAUCCGGACCCAGGUUGUCCGCACGAUUCCGAUCCUUGCCUCCUAUGCGCCCAUGGACUUUACAAAUAACUACUUGCACAGAUUCAUGGUUUACCUCCAAGCACAACUCAAAAGGGAGAAAGAACGAAAUGCCGCUUUCAUUGCGAUCGGAAAGAUCGCCAACGCAGUCGGUGUUGCCAUUGGACAAUACCUCGACGCCAUAAUAGUUUACAUUCGGGAAGGCCUGGCAUUGAAAGCAAGAAACCGUGCAGGAGUGAAUGAAGGACCUAUGUUUGAGUGCAUCAGUAUGCUGUCGCUGGCAGUCGGCCAAGCCCUCAGCAAGUACAUGGAAGCCUUGCUUGACCCGAUAUUUGCUUGCGGUCUCAGUGAAUCUCUAACCCAAGCCUUGGUAGAUAUGGCACAUUAUAUCCCUCCUAUCAAAGCCACGAUACAAGAGAAAUUACUCGACAUGUUGAGUAUCAUCCUCUGUGGCACACCGUUCCGGCCUCUAGGAUGCCCGGAAAACCGCUUACCACCUCUUCCUUCAUUUGCCAAAGAUUACACCCCACAGGAGCUUCAUUCAGACACAGAAGUUGCCUUGGCUUUGCAUACUUUGGGCAGCUUUGACUUUUCCGGUCAUAUACUAAACGAAUUUGUACGAGACGUCGCCAUUAGAUAUGUUGAAAGCGAUAAUCCAGAGAUCCGAAAAGCUUCUGCCUUAACUUGCUGCCAGCUUUUCGUUCAUGAUCCUAUCAUUAAUCAGACAAGCAGCCACUCCAUACAGGUCGUUGGCGAAGUCAUUGAUAAAUUGCUUACUGUGGGAGUCGGCGAUCCUGAUCCUGAGAUUCGCCGUACAGUUCUGUUGUCGUUGGACCGAAAAUUCGACCGUCAUCUAGCCAAACCAGAGAAUAUCCGAUGCUUGUUCCUGGCAGUUAAUGACGAGGUCUUUGCUGUGCGCGAAGCAGCAAUCAGUAUCAUCGGACGUCUUUCCAGUGUCAACCCGGCAUAUGUCUUCCCUCCUUUGAGAAAGCUUCUGGUCAAUCUCUUGACAGGGCUAGGUUUCGCUAGCACAGCUCGGCAAAAGGAGGAGAGCGCACAGCUCAUUAGCCUCUUCGUUGCUAAUGCAACUAAGCUUAUAAGAUCAUAUGUUGACCCUAUGAUCACUUCCUUACUGCCCAAAACGACCGAUCCUAGCGCAAAUGUGGCGUCAACCACUUUACGGGCCAUUGGAGAACUCGCAAACAUUGGUGGCUCCGAAAUGAAAAACUACCUACCGCAGCUUAUGCCAAUCAUUCUAGAUUCUCUGCAGGACCUCUCAUCACAUUCGAAACGAGAAGCCGCCUUACGAACACUAGGUCAACUAGCCAGUAACUCUGGUUAUGUCAUUGAACCAUACAUGGAAUAUCCCCAACUCCUUGCUGUGUUGAUCAAUAUCAUCAAGACCGAGCAGGCUGGCUCGCUUCGCAAGGAAACCAUCAAAUUACUGGGUAUCCUAGGAGCUUUAGAUCCUUACAAGUAUCAACAAAUCAGCGAGAUCUCACCCGAUGUUCGUUAUAUCAACGAAGUUCAGCCCAUUUCUGAUGUUGCCCUAAUUAUGCAAGGCCUUACACCGUCCAGCGAAGAAUACUAUCCAACAGUGGUCAUCAAUACUUUGCUGCAAAACAUACUACGGGAGAACUCCUUAGCCCAAUACCACUCCGCUGUGAUUGACGCCAUUGUCACGAUAUUCAAGACCCUCGGCUUGAAAUGUGUAUCAUUCCUUGGGCAAAUCAUUCCAGGUUUCCUGGGGGUGAUCAGAAGUUCCCCUGUUGGUCGACUAGAGUCUUACUUCAAUCAGCUUGCCAUCCUUGUCAAUAUUGUCCGCCAACACAUCCGAGCUUUUCUACCUGAAAUUAUCGACACCAUCCGCGAUUAUUGGGACUCGAAUCAUCAAGUACAGGCUACGAUUCUCUCCUUGAUUGAGGCGAUCUCCACCGCACUCGAAGGAGAAUUUAAAAAGUACCUAGCUGGGUUGAUUCCUUUGAUGUUGGACACUUUGGAAAAAGAUAUUUCUCCACGUCGACAGCCUUCCGAACGCAUCCUACAUACUUUCCUCAUAUUUGGCUCUAGUGGCGAGGAGUACAUGCACCUGAUUGUCCCAUCUAUUGUGCGCCUAUUUGACAAGGUUCAAAAUCCUCUUAACAUUCGCAAAUCUGCCAUUGAGACUCUGGGCAAGUUGUCUCGCGAAGUUAACGUGUCUGACUUUGCCUCGCUCAUGAUCCAUUCCUUAUCCCGGGUAAUUGCAAGCAAUGACCGCACACUUCAAAAAGCCGCUAUGGAUUGUAUUUGUGCUCUCAUUUUCCAACUAGGACAAGAUUUCACCCAUUAUAUUCAGCUCAUCAACAAGAUCAUGAAGCAGCAUCAAGUCACUAAUUCCUCGUACGAAUCAUAUGUUGUCAAAUUGCAAAAGGGCGAGUCUCUUCCACAAGAUUUGACUCUUCACGAGAAUUACCGAACUUUAGCGGAUGAUACAAAUUACGCUGAGAUAGGACAGAAGAAGAUGCAAGUGAAUCAGCAACAUCUCAAGAAUGCCUGGGAUGCUUCGCAAAAAUCAACGCGCGAAGACUGGCAGGAAUGGAUUCGGCGCUUUAGCGUGGAACUUUUGAAAGAGUCACCGUCACCAGCGUUGAGAGCAUGCGCCAGUUUGGCUGGUAUCUAUCAACCUCUAGCCAAGGACCUGUUCAACGCUGCCUUUGUGUCAUGCUGGACGGAACUCUACGACCAGUACCAAGAGGAACUCGUACGUUCUAUUGAGAAGGCAUUGACAUCUCCAAACAUUCCUCCAGAAAUUCUUCAGAUUCUGCUCAAUCUCGCAGAGUAUAUGGAGCAUGAUGAUAAGGCUCUACCUAUUGAUAUCCGAACUUUAGGCCGCUAUGCGGGCAAGUGCCAUGCAUUUGCCAAGGCGCUUCACUACAAAGAGCUGGAAUUCGAACAAGAUCAAAACUCCAGCGCUGUAGAGGCUUUGAUUACGAUCAACAAUCAGCUUCAGCAAUCUGAUGCAGCCAUUGGUAUUCUCCGUAAAGCUCAAGCAUAUCGCGAUGUUGAGCUCAAAGAAACUUGGUUCGAGAAGCUCCAGCGCUGGGAAGAAGCACUUGCAGCUUACAAACGACGUGAAAAACAAGAUCCAGAUUCUUUUGGUAUCACAAUGGGCAAGAUGCGGUGUCUACAUGCUCUCGGAGAGUGGAAACUUCUCUCUGAUCUAGCUCAAGAGAAAUGGAAUCAAGCCUCGGUGGAACAUAGACGAGCAAUUGCACCACUAGCUGCUGCGGCUGCUUGGGGUCGUGGUCAAUGGGACCUUAUGGACUCUUAUCUUGGUGUUAUGAAAGAGCAUACCCCUGAUCGAUCCUUCUUUGGGGCUAUUUUGGCCAUCAACCGCAAUCAAUUCGAAGAAGCGGCCCUUUACAUUGAAAAGGUGCGCAACGGCUUGGACACCGAACUUUCUGCCCUUCUGGGAGAAUCAUAUAACCGAGCAUAUGAUGUCGUUGUGCGAGUACAAAUGCUUGCAGAGCUUGAAGAGAUCAUCGUCUUCAAGCAGAACGUUGGUGAUCCCGAAAAACAGCAAGCGAUGCGCGAAACAUGGAAUAAGAGACUUCUGGGCUGUCAACAGAACGCAGAGGUUUGGCAAAGAAUGCUCAAGGUACGACAACUUGUCAUACCGCCGCAUGAAAAUAUGGACAUGUUGAUCAAAUACGCCAACUUGUGCCGUAAAUCAAAUCGCAUGGGUAUCGCUGAACGUACUUUGGCAUCUCUGGAAACCGAGAUUUCAGGGCCUAAUGGCAUUGAAAUUGUGGUGCCACCAGAAGUCAAAUACGCUCGCUUCAAGUUCGCAUGGGCUCAAGGCCACCAAGUCGACGCUUUGCAAUCACUCAAGGAAUUCACCUCUGUGCUUGCUGAUGAUCUCACGAGGUACAAUGCUUUGCUCGCGAAUCAUACUGACCAUGACGGCACAAAUGGAGUCAAUGGCAUGCUUGAUAACAACCCUGAUGUCAACCACCUUCGGUCCAGAAUUGGAGACGUCACAAAAUUGAAGAAGCUUCUCGCGAAGAGUUACUUGAAACAGGGAGAAUGGCAGACAGCUCUUCAAAGCGGAGACUGGAGACCAGAACAUGUUCGAGAAGUGCUAAAUGCGUACUCGGCUGCAACUCAGUUUAAUCGCGACUCUUACAAAGCCUGGCAUUCCUGGGCUUUGGCCAACUUCGAGGUUGUUACUACCCUGGCUGCUCAGCAGAGUCGUGACGGCUCCUCGGUUCCUGGUCAUAUCAUCAAUGAGCAUGUUCUUCCAGCGAUUCGUGGCUUCUUCCGUUCCAUCUCACUGUCUUCUACAUCCUCGCUACAGGACACCUUGAGAUUGCUCACGCUGUGGUUUACCUAUGGAGGGGACACAGAUGUUAAUAGUGUUGUGACUGAGGGUUUCACUUCUGUCAACAUUGACACCUGGCUGGCAGUCACACCACAAUUGAUUGCCCGUAUCAACCAGCCUAACGCAAAGGUCCGCACUGCAGUUCAUCGCCUCUUGGCCGAGGUUGGCAAAGCUCAUCCGCAAGCACUCGUGUACCCUGUGACCGUUGCCAUCAAGUCAAAUGUCGCACGACGAUCUCAGUCGGCUACCUAUAUUAUGGAGAGCAUGAGACAGCAUAGUGCAAAACUGGUUGAACAGGCCGACGUCGUCAGUAAUGAACUGAUCCGUGUUGCUGUUUUGUGGCAUGAGUUAUGGCAUGAAGGUCUAGAGGAAGCAUCGCGAUUGUAUUUCGGUGACCACAAUGUGGAAGGAAUGUUUGCUACAUUGGCCCCUCUUCAUGACUUGCUUGAUAGAGGUGCUCAAACCUUGAGGGAAGUCUCGUUUACACAAGCAUUCGGUCGUGAUCUUGCUGAAGCUAGACAAUACUGCCUACUGUAUCGUGAAACUGAAGAGCUUGGUGAUCUCAACCAGGCUUGGGAGCUCUAUUACAAUGUCUUCCGCAAGAUCGCCCGUCAACUGCCUCAACUACUAACACUUGAUCUCAAAUACGUGUCGCCAAGACUGAAGGAGGUAUCAGAUCUUGAUUUGGCAGUACCCGGAACAUUCCGUCCAGGCAGGCCGAUCGUUAGAAUCAUGAGCUUCGAUCCCGUCUUACACGUUCUUCAAACAAAGAAACGACCUCGAAGAAUGAUACUCAAGGGUAGCGACGGCAACUCUUACAUGUACGCUCUCAAAGGACACGAGGAUAUCCGACAAGAUGAACGUGUAAUGCAGCUAUUCGGUCUCGUGAAUACACUUUUAGACAACGAUAGCGAAAGUUUCAAGAGACAUCUAUCCGUUCAACAAUUCCCAGCCAUACCUCUGUCUCAAAACUCGGGUUUGAUCGGUUGGGUAUCCAACAGCGACACAUUGCAUGCACUUAUUAAGGAAUACCGUGAAAGCCGCCGUAUUUUGCUCAACAUCGAACAUCGUAUCAUGCUGCAGAUGGCACCCGACUAUGACAAUCUUACCUUGAUGCAAAAGGUCGAGGUCUUCGGCUACGCUAUGGACAAUACAACAGGCAAAGAUCUCUACCGCGUCCUUUGGUUAAAGAGCAAGAGUUCGGAAUCCUGGCUCGAGCGACGGACCAAUUACACGCGUUCUUUGGGUGUUACCUCGAUGGUCGGAUAUAUCCUUGGUCUCGGAGAUCGACAUCCUUCCAACCUUUUGCUUGACCGACUCACGGGUACAGUUGUGCAUGUCGAUUUCGGCGACUGUUUCGAAAUUGCAAUGCAUCGGGAGAAGUAUCCGGAAAGAGUGCCGUUCCGUCUCACGCGUAUGUUGACGUUUGCUAUGGAAGUUAGCAACAUCGAGGGAAGCUAUCGUAUUACGUGUGAAGCUGUUAUGCGCGUCAUUCGGGAGAAUAAGGACUCAUUGAUGGCUGUGCUUGAAGCUUUUAUUCAUGACCCUCUAAUCAACUGGCGCCUCGGAACUCGCGAGUCACCCGAAAGACCGUCAUUCUCUACUGUUGACCGCCGACAAUCAAUUGUGGACGAUGUCAACCUAGAACACGGCAUCCAACCCAGCAAUUUUACCCGUCAUCGUCGAGCAUCCAUCUUGGAAGGCGGCGGCAUUCUCGACGCACCACAAGGAGUCGCAAAUGAAGCUCGCGAAGCACAGAAUGCACGCGCCCUACAAGUCCUCGCUCGAGUCAAGGAGAAGCUCACGGGACGAGACUUUAGACCCAACGAAGAACUCAACGUGAGCGAUCAGGUCGACAAACUUCUAGCCCAGGCGACUAGUGUUGAGAAUAUCUGUCAGCACUGGAUUGGAUGGUGCAGUUUCUGGUCUACCGAAAUGCCGCCCCCACAACCGAGUCCGCCGCCAGACGAUGUCGCGGCGCCGGCUGUUCAUCCUCUCGUCCAGAAUGCGUUGCGCGUCUCUCUAAGCGCAAGGGAGUACAAAGUCAUACACGAGCGCAUACUCAAACGAUCCUCGGCAUUUAACAAUCGUCUUCCAACGCCGUCUAGAUAUGAGAGCAUUGUGCGGACAUCCAACAAAUACAAUGUAGCUGCUAUUCGGGCGUCGUUGAGGGUGUUUCUAGGUGUUAGCAGUGGAAUGUCGUUGGUUGAAGCAGUUACUGCACGGCUUGGAAAAGGCGAAACGAGCACCAAAAAAGCACCUCGUGAACCUUACCUCCGCUCUCCCAAAUUUCGACUCGCGCUUUCCCUUUCCUUGGUUCUUCUCAUCCACCGCAUUUUAUAUCGCUUCUUCGUCCGCCUACGCGCAAACCUCCGCACAGACGACGCAAAACCCUUCCGCGAACGAAACCCCCGCUUCUCACAAGCUUUAACCUCAAAAUACGCACCCGUUGUGGGCGCCAGUCUUGCUGGUGCUGCAUUGGGUAUCAGCCCACAGAGCAAACUCCGCGUGACGGUUGCAAUUUAUAUGGCUACUCGCAGUCUGGAGUUUUUGUACAAUGCGUUGAAUAUCAAGGGGUAUAUGAAGUAUAAGCCGUGGUGGUUUGGGAGUUGGUUGUUGAUGCCUAUUUCGUGCGCUCAGUUGUUUCAUGCGUUUGUGUUUGAUCGGGAGACUAUACCUAAGUGGAUGGGUGAUAUGCUACUUCGAUUUUCAGGGAGCUACAUUCCACAGCGCCCUGAGCACUUUCCAGCUGCUGUAUCAUGGCCGAGUCAGCAUGAUCUUGUCGAUUCCCUCGGCUCGAUUGCAGAUUUGAAAUGGCCGGCAUUCAUCUCGCCAAUUUUACAUCCUAGCAACCUCAAUCCUCUUCCCAAACAAGUCAAGGCAAUCUCGCCAUUGACUUCCCCAGCGCAUCCGAACAUUGCCUCGUUGUCAUGUGCCGUGCUUCAUCCCAGCACACCAAGCUGCAGCACUGCUUUCCUGCAUCAUAUCUUGAAUACUGCUCCUGCAUUAGUUCGAUUUAUCACUAUCACCGCCCUGGCCAUGUCAGCGGGCAGCUACAAAAAAAUUCUCUCCAGCCCUUUCUCAUCAAUGAACGUAAUCUCCAAGCGGAUUCUCAGCUUAACAGCUAUUCUGUCUGCAUCAACCGGUUCCUUCUGGGGAAGUAUAUGUCUGCUGAAUAGCCUGCUUCCUCGCUCAACCCUGCCCACGAAGCGAUUCUUCCUCAGCGGCGCAUUGGGCGGUUUACCAUUCGCAUUUGUUGAGCAGGGAAGAGGAGCAUUCACUUAUAUCUUUCGCUCAGCUAUCUAUUCAGCCUGGGCCACAGGCGUGAAACGCAGAUACUGGCGUGAGUGGAAGACAGGCGAAUUGGCACUUAUAGUCGCGUCAUGGGCUCUUCUUGGUGCUGUACUUGAGUGUUCCCCAGAGGCUGUUGAGGGUGCUGGAUUGAGAAAGGGGCUUGCGUGGUUGAGAGGUGAUGGAUUUACGGAUCCGGUUGAGGUUGCGUUGAAGAGGAAGAGAAGGGCGACGGUGACGCAGAAAGAAGAGGGAGAGAAAUCUGCCUAA